GCUGUGACUCACCUGCCACCUACUGCCAGCCGGCUGCUGCUGCAGGCUUUAUUAUUGCAGUUCACUGCAGGGAGCCAUCACACCCACCUACUCCAUUUGUUUAUUUAGAGUUCUCCCUGGAGCCUGCCCCUCCCCUUGAGUCCUAUAAACCAGCUACAGUUGCAGGCUUCAUUUUCAAAGUUCGCAGGGAACUGCCCUUCACCAAUUCUCUAGUGGAGCAUCCUGCUAGUUCUUUGCUGGUCUACAUCAAUCACCUUCUUGGAGAAGGAGCCUUUGCCCAAGUCUAUGAAGCUACCCUUGGAGAUGUGGAUGAUAAAAAUAAACAGAAAUGUGUUUUAAAGGUCCAGAAGCCUGCCAACCCCUGGGAGUUCUAUAUUGGAACCCAGCUGAUGGAGAGACUAAAGCCCACAGUGCAACACAUGUUCAUCAAGUUCUAUUCCGCCCACUUCUUCCAGAAUGGCAGUAUAUUGGUAGGAGAUCUCCACAGCUGUGGAACAUUACUAAAUGCCAUUAACCUCUAUAAAAGCACCCCUGAAAAAGUGAUGCCCCAGGCUCUCGUCAUCUCUUUUGCUAUCCGAAUGCUCUUUAUGGUCGAACAAGUCCACAGCUGCGAAAUCAUUCAUGGAGACAUUAAGCCAGACAAUUUCAUUCUGGGCAACAGGUUUUUGGAACAGGAUGAUAGCGAUGAAGAUGUAGCUGCGGGCUUGGCACUGAUUGACUUAGGUCAGAGUAUAGAUAUGAAAUUGUUUCCAAAAGGAACUACAUUUACAGCAAAGUGUGAAACUUCUGGUUUUCAAUGUACUGAGAUGCUCAGUAACAAGCCAUGGAACUACCAGGUUGAUUACUUUGGAGUUGCUGCAACAGUGUACUGCAUGCUCUUUGGCACUUACAUGAAAGUGAAAAAUGAAGGCGGUAUCUGGAAGCCUGAUGGUCUUUUUAGAAGGCUUCCUCAUCUGGAUAUGUGGAAUGAGUUUUUUCACAUCAUGUUGAACAUACCAGAUUGUCGUCACCUUCCAUCUUUGGAUUUGUUGAGGCAGAAGCUGAAGAAGCUGUUUGAGCAGCACUACUCCAGCAAGGUCCGUACCCUGCGCAAUAGGCUCAUUGUGCUGCUCCUGGAGUGUAAGCGCUGGAGAAAAUAA